AAAAUAGUGUUACCAAUACCAAUGUGAACUUUGUUGCUUAAUAUAAACACAGUGUACACAGAACUAAUACGGAACGGUGUAAUUUAUAUUUAAAACCCAUCGGAUCAUGCGAUUGAUUCGAUAGGGAAAAAAGCAACAAAACUACACCGAAAUGGCAUCAGUUUUAAUUCGUGGAUUAGCCAGAGGUUGUCAUCAUCGUCCGAUUGCUUUGCAGCAAAAAUUCUAUUCGGCCAAGCCAUCGCAAAAGUUGACAACAAGCGACAAUGGAUCAACAAAAGAACCACCUGAAAAUGAUAAAUCAAAAUUGGAAAAUAGUAGCACGGUGGAAAAGCCAGAGCAUCGAUUGUCCAAAUUCCGGACAAGAAUCGAGGAAUCUCAAAAGAAAGCAGAAAAUGUUCGCGACGAUAUACGUGGUUAUGCGUUGAAUCGCUUUAUAAAUUAUAUUAAAAACUAUGAAAAAAUAUUGGAGAAAAAGUUUCCCGGUGCAAUGAAAGUGUAUCGUGUAUUUAUGGAUGGUGUAAAAUAUAUUACACGUGAUUCCAUUGACUAUGUUAAAAUACGUAGUAAAAUGUUGAUGCAAGGAAAAGAUCAAACAUCUUUGUCACGACGAGAACUUGAACUUUAUUAUCAAAUGCCACAUGAUAUAAGAAAAGUUGGACCAAUGAUUUUUAUAUCGGCCAUACCAUUUGCCCAUUAUGUGACAAUGCCAAUUGCCUAUAUGUAUCCGCGCUUCUUAUUAACGCAUCACUUUUGGACGCUGCAACAACGUAGCGAAUUUGCUGUGAUAAAUUUACGUGAUCGUCUCGUACAUAAUCGUGCCAUUUUUCGAUCACUACAAAGUAAACUAUCAACAAUAAUCAAUGAUAAACACUAUGAACAGUGGAAAGACAUGUUGGGCAAAAUAGGCAGCGGCAUUCAUCCAACCGUUGACGAAAUUAUCGCUGUUAAACAACUAUUUGCUGAAAUACCAUACAAAACGUCUUCAUUGAGCUAUACACAUAUUAAACAUUUGGCCGGUCUGCAUGGCAUCAAAGGGAUCUUUACAAUUAAAUCGAAAUUAACAUUUCGUGCAAUGUGUAUUCAUAAUAUUGAUAUGGCGAUUAAACGAGAAGGUGGCACACAAACUUUAACCACAGAAACGCUAAGAGAUUCAUGUUUUAUGCGUGGUUUGAAUGCAUCAAAUAUGACCAAUGAUGAACUCAUUAAAUUCCUUGACGACUGGAUUGCCGUUUCAACGCAUAUCAAUGAAACAAAUUUUAGUUUGUUUUUGCAUUUACCGAUUUUACUUACAUACAAUCACCCGAACAAUUGGCAACUACUCUAUCAAAAUCGAUAGCAAACACAGAAAGAUUUACCUAUGUUGUGAACAUAGUUUCGAACCAAAGUGACAUUAAUUUUGUUUCAUUUUGUUUUAAAAACGAAAACUAAAUAAAAAAAAAACAAGGCGUUUAUAUUAUUUUUCUUGUUAAAUAA